AUGUAUAUAAUUAGAAUAGCAGCGAUGGAACUUCUACCCGAAGACAUCAAUGCUGCACGUCAAAGGAUUGCUCCGUAUGUACACAAAACGCCGGUAUUCACUAGUUCAAAGCUGAGUCUAAUUGGCGCCAGGGGAGCUGCUAAUGCAGUAAACAACAAGAAUAUUAAAGGCGUGGUGACACACAGUAGUGGAAAUCAUGGACAGGCGCUGGCAUUUGCUGCAAAGAUGUUUGGAGUGUCUUGCACCGUAGUCGUGCCAGAAAACGCACCGAAAGUGAAAGUAGAUUCUAUACUCGAAUACAAUGCUGAAAUCAUUUUCUGCAAACCAACCAUGAAAGAUAGGUAUGUAUUUCUUGUUGCUUACUUGCAUACAAAGUAUCGCUAUUCGUAUAAUUCGUAUAACGGUACAAUAGCAUGCGAAUUCUUAGAACAAGUUCCACAGCUAGAUGCACUUGUUGUUCCGGUGGGAGGAGGAGGCAUGGUUUCGGGAAUCGCCUGUUGGACAAAAUUCGUGAACCCCGCAGUGAAAGUGUACUGCGUUGAACCAGUCGGAAAAAAUUUGGCCAAUUCGUUGAAAUCCGGUUCGCAGAAUUGCGUAGAUCCAUCGAAGCUCAUUCCUACAAUAGCCGAUGGUCUGCGGGUUCCUCGUCUAGGAAAGCACUGUUUCUCUGUGGUUCGGUCGCUCAGUGAAAAAACUGUUCUAAGCGUGGUGUGUAUUUUACGAACGGCAUAUAAAUUGUUUAAUUACUGCCAUUUUUGUCUUUAA